AUGGAAGACACGAACGGGUACAUCCAAAUGAUCGACUUCUCGGCGUACAGCCUGGGUACGACAGACAUCGACGAAGCAGGCGUCGAAGCUCUGUCUGAGAAACUGAUGCAUUCCUUCACGACGUCCGGAUUUGCCUACCUGAAAAACACUGGGAUUUCUACUGAGGAGGUGACCACUGUGUUUGACAUUGCGGACCAGUUCUACUCUCUGCCGGUGGAAGUGAAGCAGAAGUACAGGAGGAACGAGACAGACUUCCACGAACGGCAUGGUUGGGUCUGCAUGGAAGGAGAGAAUUUGGGCAAGCUGGAUGGUUUGGAUCGACCCGCAGACCUGAAGGAGGCCUUCAACUUCAAACCCCCGCUCACAGGUGGAGAUAGUUGGCCAAGCGAAGUUCCAGACUUUGAAGAAACGAUUAUGGACUUCUUCAACAAAUGUCACGACCUGGCCAAGAGGCUGCUUGAGCUGGUAGCCAGGGGUCUGGGAACAGAGCCUGCAGAUUUCUUGGACAUGUUUAAGAACAUCGGGAAGGGUCGGAACUCCAGCCACCUGAGGUCCAUCCACUACCCGCCUGUACCGGAGGUCAUCAAGGAGAAUCAGAUGCGGUGUGGCGAGCACACGGACUUCGGCUGUAUGACUCUGCUGUUUCAGGACAACGACGGACUAGAGGUUGCUAAGGCUGACGGUGAGUUUGUAGCAGCUCCGCCUAUCCCGGGUACUGUUGUCAUCAACAUUGCAGACACCUUACAGAGGUGGUCAGCAGACAAGGUGGUGUCUACGAAACACCGAGUUGUACUGCCCUACACGCCCGAGACCCGGGGCACCUCCCGCCGAUCUGUGACAUUCUUCACCCACCCUGACUUCGACGCUGUGAUGACCUGUCUGGACGGCUCCAACAAGUACCCGCCUGUACGGGCCGAGGAUUACGUCGCCUCCAGGCUGCGUAAGAUGUACCUGUGA